AUGAAGGAAGACAAGGAGAACACAAAGCCCAAGGAGAGGAGAGGGGAGCUGGCCGGGGUGGAGGAUGGGGACAGGCCGGAGAAGGCGAAGGAGAAGAAGGAAGUCAUGAGCAAGGUAGUAAUUCGUCGCCUGCCACCAAGUCUUACCAAAGAGCAACUGGAAGAGCAUCUACAACCUCUGCCAGACCACGAUUAUUUUGAGUUUUUUGCAAAUGACUCCAGCUUAUUUCCUCAUAUGUACUCAAGGGCAUACAUUAAUUUUAAAAGUCAAGAGGACAUCAUGUUGUUUAGAGAUCGUUUUGAUGGCUACGUGUUCAUUGAUCACAGAGGUCAGGAAUAUCCAGCGAUUGUGGAGUUUGCACCUUUUCAAAAAGUGGCUAAAAAGAAAAGCAAGAAAAAAGAUUCCAAGACUGGGACUAUAGAGGAAGAUCCAGAAUACAAAAAAUUUUUAGAUUCAUACAAUCUGGAUGAAGAGAAGCUGACUUCUACCCCAGAAACUUUGCUGGAAGAAAUAGAGGCAAAGAAAUAAAGAAAUGAUAGCCAAGAAGACAACUCCCUUGCUGAGCUUUUUAAAAAAUAGACAGAGAAUAAGAGAUGAAAAGCGUGAAGAAAGGAGGAGGAGAGAGUUAGAGCGAAAAAGACAACGUGAAGAAGAAAGAAGGAAGUGGAAAGAGGAUGAACGAAGGAAAAGAAAAGAUGCAGAAAAACAAAAGAAAUAUGAAAAAACUCCAGAUAAAGAAUCGGAAAGAUCAAAAGAUGAACCUAAAAUUAAGCUGCUUAGGAAACCUGAAAAAGAUGAUGAGCAAGAUACUGAGAAGAAAUUUAAGGCCAAAAAAACAGAGAAAGAGACUGGGCGAGAAGAUCGCAGCUCAGCAGGAAAAAGACUGGAUGGUGACCAUGGAGAGGAGAAGACUAAAAGAUGUGAAGAUGAAUAUGUAAAAGAUUACAGAGAAAAGGAUUACAGAGACAAAGAUUAUGAGCAGGAGCGUCGUGCAAGAAGGGAGAAGGAGAAGCACCAGUAUGAAGAAGAGCGCAGAAAGCAAAGGGAUCGUUAUGAAAAAGAUAGAAGUUUCCGGAGAAGAGAGGAUGACUACAGGAAAGAGCGAGAAGCCGCCAGAGAGAGGGCAAGGAAGGAGGCUAGUGAAAGUCAGCAAGCAACUGACAAAUCUGAGCGCCAGUCCCGAGAAGAGAAGAAAGAAGAUGCUGCCAAGAGAGAUCGGAUAAGGAACAAGGAUCGCCCAGCAAUGCAGCUGUACCAACCUGGAGCAAGGAGCAGGAGCCGACUAACACAGUGUGACAAGAGUCCAGGAAAAUCCAGUGAUCUGUCUGAGAAAAAACAUGAGGGUGAGAGCAGUGAUCAGUGCAAAGGCGAGUAA